AAUAUAAAUUUAUUUAAAGCAUCUUAUAUACGUUAUUAUUUAAUAUAGGGUAUUGGUAUUUCACUCCAAUUGUACCGUAUGUGCUACAAGUAUUCUAUGUUCUUACGGAGUCUGUAUACCAUUCUAGUAUAAAGUGUUGCCUGCAUCAUACUACUAGAAUUGCGGAUAACUAGUUCUGAGGGAAUAAGCUCAUGUAACCUCCAAAGCCUUGAACGUAAGGCAGGUGUAUUAAAGAUUGCGGAAAGCCGAUAAACGUCGUCUUAAAUAUGAGUUUUGUUACCAGGAGAGGACUAUUAGACAUUGUGUCUGUAUUUGUUCAAGCAAAACGCUUUCGAGGCAAAAUCAAUGUUCAAAAACCAAGAAAACCACAUUUUGAAAGAGCACUACUCUUUCAAGCUGCAAAUCCGUAUUACAUUAAAGAUGAAUCUGCUAAAGCAAAAGAUUUAUUAUGUGGACAUGCAUUGGGAAGAGUGAAUAAGGAAGUAAAUGGUACAAACAAACUGCAAAUUAUUUAUGCAAAGGAAUUAUUAGAUAAAUUUAAAUCUUCCAAACUGAUUGCAAUUUACCACAAGAAUCCUCUCUCAGCAGAAGUUGAAUUCAAUGCUUAUGCAGCUUUUCAUAAAAUUAACAUGGAUUACAAAGUUUAUAGCAAAUCAACAUUAGAAUUAGCAAUCAAAGACACACCUUAUCAAGGAAUUUUGGGCAUGUAUGUAUCACAAAAUGCAUUAGUGUUUUCAAAGGACCCUGACAUCAAAAAGUUAUUGAAAGUUAAUAAGAAGUUUCCACAAUUAAUCUUCCUGGCUGCAAUAUAUGAAAACAAUUUUUUGAGCAAAGAUGAUGUGGUUAAGUUAAGCUCUGUUGGAAAUAUUCAAACAGCAAGAGCUGAACUUGUACAAACAAUUAAUUGUCAUUCACAACAAUUGGUGCAACUAUUAGAUGUGAAUCAGCAAAAUCUUGUUUCACUAUUAGAAAGAAGAAGUGAUCAGUUAAAUAAGAAGUCAACUGAUCAGAAGUAGUGUUUAUGCAAUUUUUAAUGCAAUAAAAUAAUUAUUGAUAUAUGCAAA